AGAGACAUUGAAGGACAUGCCUUUGGCUUCAGAAGAAGCAUGAAUGCCAGGUCUUUGAGGCACUGAAUUCAACAGGUACAGCUUCCUUUUAUUAUAAAGCAAAACAAAUAAUAUUAAUAAUAAUAAUAAUAAAUGAUCAGCAUUCAAUGGAUUGCUGAGUGAUGAUAAUCAUUCAUAUUACAACAAAUUGUCUACAUUCUGACUUUUAGGAGUUCAUUCAGACAGAAAAUGUAGAGAAUUGACAAGGGAAUCUCACAUUUUUAAACUGAAAAUAUAGCUGAGUUUACUGAGUAAUGCCUUAGGUUAUCCUGAAUUUUCUGUGAAAUUAACUAUGCAGCUUGUAAGAAAAUUACUGACUGCAUUGUUAGCACACCUAGCAGUAGAUAAAGUGAGACAGCUCCAGUACAGCUGUUCUCGGCUGUAGAUAAUUCAUGUAAUUAACUAUUUUACUGGAACUCGUUAGAAUACAUUUUGCUUUGAUGAACCAAACAAAGCACUUAGGAGUGUAUUCAUGAUAAAAGGGAGGUUUUGUAAACUGAUAGAGAACUUGCACAUUUUGGGACAAAAGAACCAAAUUAGAAAAGAAAAAUUCAAAAUCAGCAAACAUUAGGAGGAUUAGAAACAUUGUUUAAUUUCUCAUCUUCUCUGUAUACUUUCUGUAUUAUGACUGCCAAGUGCAAAGGACAGAUCAUGCAGUUGCUGGAUAAAAAAGCUGUGGAUUUCAUUCUACAUUUAACUUUUCAUACCUUACACAUGACAUAUUUGCUGAUAACCAGUUCACAAUAACUCACUGUUUAGUGAAUAAAUCUUGCAAUGCGAAGAUUAGACAUUGAUUUAACUGUAUCAAUGUCAAACAGUUGGUCUUAAAUGUUUAUUUUUUUACUAGCAUGUCGACACAUUAUUCAAUUCAAAAACGAGUUCAGGGAACUGUUAUUAAAUGUUAAUGUAAUAAAUAUUAUAAAAAAUAAAAUGCUAUUUUAUUAAACACUUUUCAUUGCACUGGAAAAACAAAGACGAUACAAUAAGCCACUUGUUGUGAGCAGUUCCCUAGUGCCAUAGGGGGGGGUCAUAGGGGCUUAUGGGGAUUCAGUUGUAGAUUAAAACCAAGCGGAUCAGAACCCCCAUUUAGAACAUACAAAUAAAUAAUUUGAUAUACAAUGUAAUAACUACAUAUCAGUGUAGUGCUUAUUCAAAAAACAGUCAUUGGACUUACCCUAGCCUUGCUCAUAGGGGCUACGGUGGAUAAAUGUCCCAUAAUAUGUAGUGUAGCUUUUAAGAUGAUAUGUUUCACUGUUCAAAAAAGAUAAGGAAAACAAAACAUAUCUUAAAAUAGUUAGUUAUACCAUUCUACUAACAGACUCGUGAGUCAUAAUAUAUAAUUUUUUUCGCCAAAGUUUAUUGUGGAAAAUAUAGAAGUACUACAUCAAGCAAAUAGGUGUGGGGAGAUUCCCAUAUUAGUGAACAGUAAAUGAUUUAAAAAAACAUUAUUUUAAUGUGUCAAAGCUAUAGGCAUAGGCAGGAUAUGGAUACUUGGUCGAUGGGUUUAUCGAACGUUUGAGAUAGGCGGAAUACCGAAAUGCUGUAGACCGACAUUGGCUCUCUUUUUUUUCUCUUCUCGUUGAAAGUGGUAUCCAUGUAUCGAGUAAUAGUAAACCAAUCUGUUUUUUUGUAAUAUAUAAUUUUGCCUGUAGUAAACUGCAAAAAAAACGGUAUGCUCGCUAAGUGUGGCUGUGAUUACUAUCAACAGACUGUACACUCCAAAUUUUCAUUGGUUCCAAUGCUGAUGUUUCGGUAUUCACCAGAUUUUUACGAAGCCAUUUAGGAGACCAAAACUCUCAGCCAAUCACCACAGUCCGGGUUGGAUGGAAUUGACAACUAAUAACAUGGAACUGAAAAAUCUGCAUUAUGAGUAGAUGAAUGAAAAAAAGCAUUUAGGGGUGUAUUCAUGAUAAAAGGGAGGUUUUGUAAACUAACAGAGAACUCAUACAUUUUGGGACAAAAGAACCAAAUUAGAAAAAAAAAUUCAAAAUCAGCAAAAAUUAGGAGGGACAAAGGUUUAAAAAUAAUAUAAGGAAGUAUUACUUUACUGAGAGGGUAGUGGAUGCAUGGAAUAGCCUUCCAGCUGAAGUGGUAGAGGUUAACACAGUGAAGGAGUUUAAGCAUGCGUGGGAUAGGCAUAAGGCUAUCCUAACUAUAAGAUAAGGCCAGGGACUAAUGAAAGUAUUUAGAAAAUUUGGCAGACUAGAUGGCCCGAAUGGUUCUUAUCUGCCGUCACAUUCUAUGUUUCUAUGUUUCUCUCCCCUUGGUGCCUCAAAGCAUGCGCAUGUUCUCUGAGUUAGCAAAACGGUCCGAUCAAAUAAAAUGAAUGGAAUGCUCGAGGCCCUUGGUGACAUCACAAAAGGCAUGGAGAGCACCGCCAAUUUUUUGCAGGUUUGAAAGGGAGGGAGCUAGCCAAUAAUGACUUAUAGAGCAUUUUAAUUAUAAAAAAAUGUCUUAAAAUUGUUGGAGAAACACUUUAAAUUGAAAAUUCACAUUAAAUCCCUGACAAAUCACACUUGAGUGAAUAACCUUGGCUCAGAAUUUUCUCAGUUAGUAAAUUUUGCUUUUCUUACAGGACACACGAUGGAAACACUGGACCUUCAAAGUCUUCUAUUUUGAGAUUCCCGACAGCUGGUUCUACUGACUGGUGUUCAUCUCAUUAUUAUCAAAUAUUUAUUUCAUGAAACGUUAAGACAUGAUGCUUUUUGCCAUUCAUCUGUUAGCUAUUGUCAUCACAACCUGUGCAGCAAAGUGCACUCCCAAUAAAGCAGGUAGGUUCUUCUAGCUUGGAAUAUUUCUCAGCUAUUUCAGAUUUUUAAAGCUGGCACAAUGUCACUCACAAGUUUAGGAUAUUGGAUAAAAAUCCAUCAAUGGUAUUUUCUCAUAUUUAUAAACGACAUUAUGUCUUCUCAUUUCAGCAAUUUUAUUCAAUAAUAUCCAUCACGUGUUUAAUGUUAAUGAGACUUAUCUUACAAAAAUGCCUAUCUUGUGUAUUGAAAUGAAUUGAAGAGUUUAAAGGACCACUCUAGGCACCCAGACCACUUCAGCUUAAUGAAGUGCUCUGGGUGCCAGGUCCCUCUAGAAUUAACCCUUUUUUUAUAAACAUAGCAGUUUCAGAGAAAAUGCUAUGUUUAUAAAUGGGUUAAUCCAGCCUCUAAAGCCUCUAGUGGCUGUCUCAUUGACAGCCGCUAGAGGCGUUUGUGUGCUUCUCACUGUGAAAAUCACAGUGAGAAGACGCCAGCGUCCAUAGGAAAGCAUUAUGAAUGCUUUCCUAUGAGACUGGCUGAAUGCGUGCGCAGCUCCUGCCGCGCAUGCUCAUUCAGCCGAAGAGGAGGAAAGGAGGCGGAGAGGAGGAGGAAAGCACCCCGCCCGGCGCUGGAAAAAAGGUAAGAUUUAACCCUUUCCUCGCCAUCCAGCCCGGCGGGAGGGGGACCCUGAGGGUGGGGGCACCCUCAGGGCACUAUAGUGCCAGGAAAACGAGUAUGUUUUCCUGGCAAUAUAGUGGUCCUUUAAUGUUUUUAAAAAGUAUUUUUUGUUGCAACAAAGUCUUCAUUUUUGUACUUGCCUGCUUACUACUUAAAUAACUAAAGGGCAGAUCCCUGGAGGGCACCAGGAUAAAUGCAUCCCCCCACCCCCAUCCACCCCCUGAAAACGUUACGCUGUGGUCACGAUGGCCAUAGUCCCUAUCCAGCAAAUCAUGCUGAGGGGAAGAAAUCUGUCUGUACUUCCACACCAAGGUCUGUACCUCCACAUCUACAUACUCUGGAAGGCCACCAGUGCACACCUGAUAUCAUAACCACUACAGAGGGCUGUAGUGGUUAUUGUGUCUGGAGUGUUCCUUUAAUCUGCCAGUGCCCCUCCUGCAGAGGUGGCUCCCUAAUUAAGUGAGUUAGGUGGCCGCCUAAGGCUGAUCCAUCUGAUCCAUCUGGUCCUUGGUCCCUUACCGUGGGCCUGACACUGGAAGGGGCCCAGCAGCUUGCCCUGUGUGCUGUAAGGUGCUAAGCCCCUCCACUCAGACUGCCCUGGGAGAGAGAGAACCCAGCACAGCAUCCAAUCUGCAGCACCCCCGGGUGCAGAGUUGCAGACCAUGUGGUAGAUGUCUCACAGGGGCUAUCACAACAAUGCUCUGGUACUUCAUGUGCCGUAGCUCACGAGACUUCUAUUACAUGGUCUUCAACUCUACACCCGGCAGAGCUGCAGACUGCACAUCUCUGAAGAACCAAUUGAUUACUAUCUUUAAAAAAAGGCAUUUCAGUUUGGGGAGACUGGUCACUAAUACACAGCCUCCCUACACACUGUCACCCCCUUACACACUGUCACCCCCUUAAACACUGUUCACCCCCCACACACUGUCACCCCCGUACACACUAUCACCCCUUACACACUGUUCACCCCCUACACACUGUCAACACACACACACUGUCACCCCCUUAUACUGUCCCCCCUUACACAAAGUUAACCCCUUACACACUAUCACCCCCUUACACACUCUUCAUCCCCUUACACACUGUUCACCCCCUUACACACUGUCACCCCACACACACUGUCACCCCACACACACUGUCACUCUCUUACACACUGUUCACCCCCCCACACACUGUCACCCCCUUACACACUAGAUUUGCCUAGACUAGGUGUUUUUAAGAACCUGACAAAAUCUGUUAGCACCAAAAGUUGCUGUUUAGUGGAUAAGGGAGUGCGCUGGAUUUUCAUUUUUAUCCCCUUACACACUGUCAGCCCCCCACACACUGUCACCCCCUUCACCCUGUGACAAUCAUAUAAACCCUCCUAAUCCUAUAAUACUCACCUCUCCUUGCUCUGACACGCUCACCGUAUCACAUUAACCCCCCUAAUUCUGUGAAUUUCUCUCACUUUCUCUCGCACUGUCACACUCUAUUAAAAAAUCUAUCACUAUAUCAUACUCACUUUCUUUUGCACUGUCACACUCUCGGCAAAUAUUCUAUCACUCUGUCACACUCACUUCUUUGUUCUCACUAUAUAUAAUCAAUGUAAAAUAUAUAUUAUAAUCAGAUACAUAAUUGUGAAAUAAUUACAAGUAAUUCACCAACUGAUCUGUAGCUAAUAUACCGUAUUAUUUAUUUAUUUCUAUUUUUACGAUAUUUAACCACCAGAUGUGAUAAUUGUGCAUUGCUAUCCCAAAUCCAUUGUGGCAAAAAUUCCUGAAUGUCCGUAUGGAUGGGAAAUUAAUCAGCUUGCUAUGGGAGGUAUUUGUUACAACGGGAUCAUAGAGUCUGGCUACUAUCAAUUCACCAUCCCCGAUUUAUCUCCAAGGAACAAGUCAUACUGUGGAACUCAGUCUGAUGUAAGUGUGUGUGGUUUUUUUUUUUCAUGAUUUGUUAAUGCUAUUCCUAAGCAGUAUUUGUGCAUUAAACUUAACAGGGGAAUAUCAGAACAAAAUUAUUAAUGGCCUGGUGAUGUAUUGUUGAGUUUUCCAGGUCUCUAUCGUCAGUCACAUAUCAUAUAAUUACAAUAUUCAGUACUUGUUAUUAUAUAUAUAUAUAUAUAUAAGCUUCAAACUAAUCAUAUUUUUGACCAUUUAGACAGAUGUUUAGUAUGGCAUGCAUCAUAUUUUAUCCAUUUAUUAGAAUCUACUAAUUUUAAUUUUUUCAUCCUUAUAUUCAUUUCCUUUUUUUUUUUAUAAUAACAUUUACAGUAAUAUAACAAAAUAUUGAAAACAAAGAGGGUAAAGGGAACGGGUGGGAAAUAUUAUUAUAUAUUUUAUUUACUUAUCUGUAAUAAUGUUGUUGGUACUAUUGUACCCAAUUAAUUCCUAACUAAAUGUUAUUAUAUCUAUAAAUGCACAUGUCGCUUUGAAGUACAUUGUUGUUGAUACAGAAUACUGUUGAUACUCUGAAUGAAGUCUUCCGUUUCUGUUUAUAUAUAUCUAGAAAAAUGUAAUACUCUGGUUCCCUCUAAAAAGAUGUGACCAUUUUAUAUUUAAUCACUAGGAUGAUAUUGGUGACGUUUUUCUUCUUCCAGUUCAAAAACCCAAUCUAUCAUUUUUACAACUCGAUAGUCUCAAAUGACAGCACUUUGAUCGUUAAGAGUCAACCAGUCAACUAUUCCUUCACCUGCACAUACCAGUCAAACUAUCUUGUUAGCCAUGCUGCCUUCGACCAAAGGUAAAUCUGGGGCUCACCCUCUUCAACUGUAUUUCCCGCCUGAGUCACCCCGACGCAUUUUACUCAUGUACGUUUUAGUCUUACAUAUUUUUUCCCUUCUUCCAGAGUAGCCACAGUCCACGUGAAGAAUGGAAGUUCAGGAUCAUUUGAAAGUCAGCUUUCUCUCAAUUUCUACUCUGUGAGUCUUCCAUGAAUAUUCUUCUCACACACAGCAGACCCCAACCAAAUUAUUGCUAAUUGGCUAAUUCAAAACUUUCCAUCUUGGAUCUGGGGAACAAAAAAAAAACAAUUAACAGUCCACACCAAAAAAAGAAUAUUUGAAACAUUCACAAAAAUAGUGCCUUUUUAACGUAGGCCCGUGUAGGCAGUUGUCUUGUUCAUCUACAGCCAAAUGUAUUCUACACAUUAACAAAAUGCUUUGGCUCUGUUGUAUUAGAACAUCAAUUUAAAAUGACCUGUAUAUUAACUUGGUUGUACUGGGCAAGAAUAUAUUUUCUGCUCAAAGAACUAUUAUAGUCUUUUGGACGUGAUAAUCAAACCCAGAUAUUUUGCCUUUUUCUUACCUUGUUGUUGUCGUCAGUAGGUAACAUCUCCAAAACGUGAUACUGAAAUAAUACUUGAUGUAAAAUACCCAAAUAAACUAUUAGAACUCUGAUUUCAGUUGUCAAAACUAAAUCCCCAAAAAUCUAUUUUAAAUCAGAUUUUUAUCCCCCAAGAAUUAUGGGAAUGUUUUGAGUUCAGAUGUUUAAUUUGUACCAUGGUGCUUAAUGGUUAAAGUUGAGAUAACUCAUUUAACUCCUUUAACUCCUUUUCCAUCAGUGAGCAAGUUUCAAUAAAACUGAAUUAAAAGAAAGAAAUAACAGUGUUUUUUUAUAACUAAGAUACAGCUCAGGAUCUUAUUUUUUUUCCUCCUUAGUAGAUCUAUUUAUGUAUCUUACUAUUUGCAUUCAAAGCCUUUGCGAUUCUGUGGCAUCCAUUUACCCUGCAGCGAAAACUCGGCAAGCCUAUUUACGCAUCUGUUUAUUUGUAUUUCAUGUGACCGAUUUGUAGAAUACAUUUCUACAUUUAUAAACCAUGUGAUAUAUCUCAUUUCCAUUUUGAAUACAUUAUAAGUACUAAACAACAGCUGAGAGAUUUGAUUUAGGAAUCAAACACAGAGGGCAAAGCCACAACCACAACAGACAAAAUGAAAGGGUUGAAAUUGUGGUUUUGUAUAACAACCACUAUGACAAAACCAAUUUCCUGAAAGUGAAGCAGUUGCCUUGGAAACUAGACUUAAAACAAAAUUGGUUUAUCCAAAAAAUAAUAAAAAAAAAAUAGUUUUGGGCAUUGCGGGGUUCAUCCAUGUGGUGUUUUGGCUUAAACAAAUUUUGUUUGUGCAAUAUGUUCUGGUAAACCAUUCAGACAAACUAAAAUAUAAAUAUUAUGUAUAUAUUUUGCAGUACACUAAUAGAAGCAUUUCCUGCCAUUUGGUUUACAAAUUAAGAGAGAAGCCAAAAGAAGGGAACAACAAUAAAUAAAAUUAAUAUUUAUCAAAUAUAGAUUUUUCUUUAUUGCACCUCCCUUUAUUGCUCACGUCUCACUUGAUCUGUAAAUAAAAUCACCAUUUAGUUGCUGUCCCCUAACUAUCAAUAAUCUUUUUUUCCCAUAAGUCAUCUAUUUUUUUUUUGCCAUAUAUAGAACUAAGAAUUAUUUAACAAACAAUUCUCUGUUCCAUUAGUUUCAUGAUUUGGUCACAUUGCGAUUCGGAGUUAUGCCCAAAAUUAGUAUGAAUCGGAAUGCAAAAUUAGUCAUGUUCCUGGCUAAUUUCUGUACUUUAGAAGAACAUUUUGGAAUUACUAUGCAUAAUAAGACAAAGUAAAGUAUACAAAAAAUUACAACGUGAAAUGUAUAACUAAUAUAUAUAUAUAGAUAUAUCUUUAAAACUCAAAUACCACUGGAGAGAAUUUAAUUUAUACCUUACCGGUUUCCAUAGGCCGAUGAUCUUCUAAUUCCAAAAUGUGGCUUUUAUUUGUAUUUUUCAUGUCUGAUUCCUUUGUUUCCGGGAAAGAAUGCCAAGUUUUCCGCCCAGAAAGAAGCUCCAUUUGUAGUGGAAACAUCAGACAUCGGGUCGGAUGUGUUUGCAGGAGUUGAAGCAAAAGGACUAAGUACCAGGUACUGUAUAAGCUAUAUGUCUAUCGAGCUAUCCUUGUAUGGUGGAACACCAGUAAGAUAGCAAACUACUUCUUCAUCUGAUCUAUCCUUAACAUGUAAACUGUAUUGACUUUAUAUAGUGUAACACAAAGUAUCAAAAUAAUGAUUGUGUGCAUAUUCAUAUACAGUGUAAAAUCUGCGAUGUAUCAGAAUGAUGUUUGGUGCCUAUUCUUAUACAGUGUAGCAAGUGUAAUAUAUAUAUAUAUGAUUGUGUGUCUACUCACCUAUUAUUUUGAAUAGCUCUUGUAAGGAAGAGAAGCUCCCGGUGCAAUGGUUAGAGCUGCACUCAGAACCUUGUGUGUGAUUCCGGGGAAGAUUAAUCUAUAGUUCUGGGUCAAAAAGCUAACUGUGCUAUUGAUGAUGGUAUUAUUGAUGUGGAUAACCCAAAUCUGACAAGGUUCAAACAAGUAUAUUGAUGGCAGGUGAUAGCUCAAUGUACUAAUGAGACCAGCAUGAAUUGACGAGAGAAUCCUCAAAUAUUCCAAAUCAGCUAUGCUUUCGGCUCAGCUAUGUCGGAAUAAAAUUUGUAAUUCACCGGCCAUUCGCAGUUAAGGGCAUAGGUAGGCAAUCUUCAGUACCCCAGAUGUAACUGACCACAGCCCUGCUCUUACAUACAUAAUGCUGGCAAAGCAUCAGGGAUGACAUAGUUCACAACAUCUGGAGUGCUGAAGGUUGCCUUUGCCUGGUUUAGGGUUUUGACUUUCAACCAGUAUGCUCUGAGUCACUGGUAUCUUUAAGUGUUUUCAAAGUGUCAGCAUUUAAAUUUGAUUCACAUCUGGCAAUUAAUUAGAUCUAAUAAGUCAAAUUGGCUAGACAUAAGGCUUCAAGUGAAUGUGAUUAGUGAUGUCCUGAACGGUUCGCAUCCAUUUUGAAGCUGCAUUCUUAGUGAGCUGUCCAGGAGGUGGGAGGGUCUGGAAGGGAGGGUCUGCUGCUGAUUGGCUGGAAUGUGUCUGCUGACUGGAGUCCGCGGCGAACCGUUCGGCGAACCGUUCGGGACAUCACUAAAUGUGAUAUUACAAUGUUGAUAAUGGAAAAAUAAGAGUUUGGAAAUUAUUCUGUUAUUGAAGUGUGAAAUGGUUCAAAAUGCGUUGGGAAGCACUGGUUCAUGACAUUCUCCACACAGUUGAGAUGUGCUUGUGAAGUCAGAUGGAACAUAUUUAUGUGUUUUCUCCAUAAAUGAAAAUACUCACUGAGAACAUAUUUUAGGGUUAGGUUUAAAUAUAAUUAUUAUCAUCUGUGAUAGAAAAAUCCUUUUUCAUGCUGGUUUUUGGUUUGCUUGUUUUUUAGGUUUAAGGUGGUUUUAAACUACUGCUGGGCUACCCCCUCUCCCGAUUACGCAUACCACAUUCAGUGGCAGCUGAUCAGUAAAGGGUAAGACAUAGCGCUGAGAAUAAAUCUAGAUUCCAUUCUACAAAACAAUCAAAUCUUAAAUAUUCUUAAAUGAUUACAUUAUUUUUACAAAUUUUAUUUUUUUACAGAGAAUCCUAGGUUUCCACAUACCACUUCUUUUCUUUUCUUUUUUUACUUACCUGUAUAGUGUACUCCCGAAUUAAUCCUAAACACUAGCAAUCCUGCAAAAGUUUGACCUUAUUUUUAUGUUUAUGGUCCUCCCAUCCUCUAUAACCCUUAUAGGAUACUGUCAUGUGAUCCUCAUCGCUAUAGUGUAUGAUAACAUUGUCACUAAUCAUCUUAUUAGGUCCAUAUCCAGAUGUCCAAUUAACAUUAAUGUACUGGCAUUACUAAUAUAAUUAGUUCCCUAUCAGGUCCGUCUGGUGACACUGGUACUCAAUACUGCCCAUCUCAUGUGUUGCCUAUCUAGAUGUUCAUCUGAUGACAUUAGUAAUCACUUGGAACCCAUCUCAUGUGUUGCCUAUCAAGAUGUUCAUCUCAUGACAUUAAUACUCCCUUGGCACCCAUCUCAUGUGUUGUAUAUCUAGAUGUUCAUCUCAUGACAUUAGUAAUUACUUGGUACCCAUCUCAUGUGUUGCCUAUCUAGAUGUUCAUCUGAUGACAUUAGUACUCACUUUGUACCCAUCUCAUGUGUUGUCAAUCUAAAUGUUCAUCUAAUGACAUUAGUACUUACUUUGUACCCAUCUCAUGUGUUGUCUAUCUAGAUAUUCCUCUAAUGCAAUAAGUACUCACUUGGCACCGAUCUCAUGUGUUGUCUAUCUAGAUGUUCAUCUAAUGACAUUAGUACUCACUUGGCACCCAUCUCAUGUGUUGUGUAUCUAGAUAUUCAUCUAAUGACAUUAGUACUCACUUGGCACCCAUCUUAUGUGUUGUCUAUCUAGAUAUUCCUCUAAUUACAUAAGUACUCAUUGGCACCCAUCUCAUGUGUUGUCUAUAUAGAUGUUCAUCUGAUGACUCAGUGACAGUCCAUGAAAAUGGAAAAAAUAGCCGAGCAACAUUCCAGUUCAAUGCCUUCCGUUUUCAGAAUGUUCCCAAGCUCUCCAGGGUUUGGCUGCACUGUGAGACCUACCUGUGUGACAGUGAAAAGUUUUCCUGCCCUGUAGUAAGUCGAGGUUCUUGCUAUUUAAUUUGAGAUGAUCAGUGGUUUUAUUGUAUAUGUUCAUUGCCUUGAAUUGUUCUAGAAGUGCAGUUACCAUAAAUUGUAUUACAAUGGAUGUUUUUAAAAACCGAAAACAAAUACAGAAAAACUAAAUGAGGUAAUAAACAAGUAUAAUAUUGUAAAGCACUAUCUGUUGGCGCUAUAUAAAUGGCAAUAAUAAUAAACAUUGACAGUAACAAGUCAAGGACAGACUGCUCCUCCUUCCUGUAAGUUCGUUUCUUCUGAAAGAAUAUUUUUUGUUUUGUUUUGCCCAUUUUAGAUGUGUGGAAAACGGAAGCAGCAAAAUGAGCAAACAGGUGGCAUUCUUGUAGCAGAAUUUUCGAUUCGAAGUAAGUGCCCAAACCUCAUAUAAUUUUGGUGACAUCAAUAUUUUUUCCCAAUCCAGAAAGAAAACUGGGUUAUUUGCAUAAAGCUACUUUGGGGUCAGCCACUAAAGUGAGAAUUGCUGGGAAUUCAAAUUGAUUUCAAGGUGAAUUUCAAAUUUAAGACUAAAAAAGCCGUACUGGAAGCAUAGCGGACUUGCAGAGUUUUUCCAGUUUGGCUAUUUUGGCCUUUGUAGCAGAGCUCCAAUACCUGGACUAAGCUGGGAGAAGCGCUCUUUAGUUAAUCGCUCUAUCCCCCUUCAGUAACUAGACAACACAUAGUUCUGGGAGUACAAAUGAUUUUAUUGAGCCGAAUGCAGCCUUUUAUGCACAGACCCCCAGCAUGGAGUCUCUAUUCAAUACAUACAGUGCCCACCCAGGUGAUUCUGUGUCGGGAGAUAAUUGAGUUGCUGCCUGUUAACAUAAAACACCCCAAAACAAAGUAAAAGUACAAAGAAAACCCACAUAUUAUACAUCCUCGGAGAGGCCUGGUCCAAGCGUCCAUGUUGGCAAAGAAGCGCUCGGAACCAUAACAAAUUGCCAAAUCGCCACCGAGGUAAAGUUUUGACCUGGCCACACAUAAGAACCAAGUCCAAAACAGUUUCAGCGUAAUUAGGGAUUAUGCCAGUCAAAUAUGCAGAUCUCAGGGAGCGAUUGUUCCAUUUAGUCAGUAGUACCUUCCCUCCGAAUAGCGCUCUCCUGGCAUGUCGGCAAGUGAGGUAAAACAGUGAGUCAUGGUGACGAGUAGCCGUGAGGUCUAGUGGCAGUGUUAGAGUUCCAGAGAGUUUGCAGCCAAAUAUCGCUGGGGACCUUUUGGGAGUUUGUAGCUGAAUGACUGCCGGAGAGAGGCGCUUUCAUUAAUAAACGUUCGGAAGAGGGGACGGCACCGAACCAGGUGUAGUGAAAGCUCUUUCAGGGAAAAGUAUGGGUACCAUAGGACAGGGUUUGCCACAGCCUUGAAAUGGAUAUUCACUCUGAAUUCACUUAAAAUCUCCAUCAAUUCUAACUUUAGUGAAUAACCCCAAAAUAGUUUUAUCUUACUUAUUAACUCUAAGCAAUCUGUAAUAAUUGUAAAAUAGUUUUAAAUUAAAAUAGAUCCUAUACAAAUUUUAAAAAGCAAGGUUUUCCCUACACAUUGCUUGUAAUUAACUUAUUUAAUCAUUUAUUAUUCUUAAUCAUUUAUUUAAUUAUUUAAAAACACAUUCUUGCAUUAUCAGACCAUAAUGGUGUAAUAAUGAGCAAUAUAGACAUAGUAAUACAUUGAGAUUCAUUCACAAAAUCAUGAUUUUAUAGAAUCGACAAGAGAACUGCAAAUGUUAGGUAUAAACAUCUUUUUUUUUUUCAACAAUUAGCUCCAUGGCAUAUGAGUUGCUUCUUGACAAAGUAAGGACUUUGAGAACUUUUCCCAAACUUUUCCUGUGGAACUCGCUUCCCUCCUCCGUUAGAUGCUCACCCAGUCUCCACUCCUUCAAAAAAUUAUUAAAAACCCACUUCUUCAUAAAUGCGUAUCAAUUAAACUGUUAAUAGCUCCCGACUGAUUCCUCUCUUGCAACUGUCAUUAGUCUAAUACUUUUUUGUCACUUUACCCCAAUCCCUCUCGCAUGUAAGCUCAUUGAGCAGGGCCCUCAACCCCUCUGUUCCUGUGCAUCCAACUUGUUUGGUUACAACUACAUGUUUGUUCGUCCACCCACUGUAAAGUGCUGCGGAAUUUGUUGGCGCUAUAUAAAUAAUAAUAAUAACAUCAUAAUAAUAAAAAAAUGAAAAAGCAGUUUUUAGCAGAGGGGGAGCAAACACAGAUUUAAUUCACAGUUAAGUAAGGCGUGUGAUAUGUACAAUAAAACGGGAAAUACUUUUGUCCAAAAUGAAGCUGCCUUAAACAAACUUUAAAUAUGCAAACAAAAGCAAUUUUCUUGUAUAAUUUGUAUUCAGUGAAAUUAGAAUUGUAGGGGAUUUACACUAAAUUGCGACAUUUCAACUAAAAUAUCAAAACUGUGACUACAGAUGAUUUGAAAUUGUAUCAUAUCAGUACUUUUUGUCUACAUUUUGCAAUUCAGUUUUCAGUUCACUCAAUUAUCUGUUUAGUGAAUAAACCUUUAAGAUAUUGUUCUAAUUUCUCAACUAGGUUCUGCUUCCUGGAACUCUGACAGUCUAACAGGUAAUUUACAAUACAAGCAAGUUUAACAUAUCGUUUUAGUUGUGGCUUCCUUUCAAAUAAUUUUUUGUAGACUUCGGCAUUAAAUUUUCAGACAAAUUGCAGCUUGGCCGAAAAUUGGCUCAUUCGGCUGUUUGUCCAAAUUAUGAAUCUCGGAACAGCACUGAAGAAUGAAAAUUCAUUAACAAAUUGGCAAUGCUUGAAAUUCCUUCAUGAGCGAUUCAUUUAUUAGUUCAUUCUUGUAAAUUCAUUAAAUUGGUACCCUUAUGUGGGAUUACCUAUGAUUGGCUCAGACUACCACUUCUGAUGGUGUCAGCAGACUGCUUGUUUUUCUGAGGCAAACAUCAUGCAGAGUUACAGCUUCAGGCUUGAAUACAGUAAGAUUUUUCUAUAUUUAUGGAGGCAUGAGGGCCCCAGGGGGGCUAGUUGGUGGUUUUAACUCAAUAGGGUCAGGAAUACAUGUUUGUGUUCCUGGCCCUAUAGUGAUCCUUUAAUUCAGGGUACCAAAUUAUAGGGAACUGUUGUGCCUAGUAGAUAGCUCCAUUAUUCAGUAUAAUUAAAUAUAGGGUGCUAUCUACUAUAUAGCUCCAUAAUUUGGUACCCUUACAUUUGGCAAUCCCACAUAAUAGUACUACUUUUUUUAGGAAUCUAUAUACUAAAGAGCUGAAAGAUCAAAAUUAAGAAGAUGGCUUUUCUUAAUUUUGGUUCCGCUGCUUAGUAGAUAGCUCCCUGAAUGAGUAUCCUUAUGUUUUAUUUAAGGAUAUAAAAUUAGUGUGAUCUCUACUAAACAGGUCUCUAACUUAGUAUCCCUAUAAAAUAUCAACCCCACAUAAGAAUACCAAAUCAGGGAGCUAUCUACUUAUCUAAAUCAUUAAAAGAUAUUGAAGUGAUCUCGGCAUUCCAUUCAUCCAAAAGGAAAUCCUGAAGGUAAACUAUUGACUAAAUUUAGGUCAAACCGAACUAAUGGCUGACAUUCUGUUCGAACAAAACAACAUUUUUUUUGGUUCAAAUGCAUUUGGCUGAACCAAAAUUUUCAAUCAGCCCCAAGUCUGACCUAUGUCAAAUCAUUAAGUGAUCUAUGCAUAUCUGUGGAGGUCAGGUAUGCCUCAUAUGCCCAGAAUUUCCAUAAUGCAGAAGGGAUACGAUAUAAUAGUUUUGUCAUGUUCUGUCUGGGCCCCAUUCUGUUCCCUCUGCUAGUUUCUGCCUGCGUUUCAAUGACGUAGUGUAUAUGUUAUCUAUAUAAGCUGCGCAUUUGGGGCCCCUGGAAUGUGAACGUAACCCUUUAGUUAAAGGGACAGUAUAGUCACCAAAACAAGUUUAGCUUAAUGAAGCAGUUUUGGUGUACAGAUCAUAGCCCUGCAGUCUCACUGCUCAAUUUUCUGCCAUUUAGGAAUUAAAUCACUUUGUUUAUGCAGCCCUAGUCACACCUCCCUGCAUGAGACUUACACAGCCUUCCUAAACACUUCCUGUAAAGAGUCAUCAAAUGUUGACACUUCCUCUAUUGCAGAUUUUGUUUAAUCUAGAAUUUCUUACUUCCUCCUGUUAAUAGCUUGCUUGUCCCUGCAGGAGCCUCCUGUGUGUGUGAUUAAAGUUCAAUUUACAGAGCAGGAAAUAAAAACAUUUAAAUUAAGUUAUAUCCGAUAGAAAAUAAAACCAUUUUGUUUUUAUGCAGGUUGUGUCAGUCACAGCAAGGGGAAGAGUGGCUAGGGCAGCAUAAACAGAAACAAAUAUGAUUUAACUCCUAAAUAGCAGAGAAUUGAACAUUGAGAUUUCAGAAGUAUGAUCUAUACACCAAAACUGUUUCAUUAAGCUAAAGUUGUUUUGUUGACCAUCGUGUCCCUUUAAAAAUACAUUUAAAUGGGAAAUAAAUUAACAACCUUUGUGUUUUUCUUUAGCAAUUCUGCAUCAGAUGAUCCUUCUAGUCUCAAGCUACUUCAUGCUAGUAGAUGUUUGAAGGAUUCCACAGCAGAAGAUUUGCUCCAGAAUACGCAUUAUGCCCAACGUCUGGACAAGACUGCUUUGUCCAUUCACAGGAGAAAAAAAUCCUCAGGAACAAAACACCAUUACACAACUGUGAUUGCUUAAAAUCUCCAUUUAGUCAAAGACUCUCAGCGACUGGAAACUGUGAUUCGCAACAGACAUUAGCUACAAAGCAGAACGCGCUCAUCGUUCACCAUUUUUCAAAUCUUCCAAAGCUGUAUUUCUGAACCUGUUUCAUUAUGGUGCAUUAUCAAUGUAAAUAGAAGUUUUGUGGAUUUUUUUCAACAUACCAUAGCUGUUCGUUUUCACUGUUAUCAAUAGCAGAAAGGAUACCCCUAUAAACCUCCAGCCUUAGAGACAAGUAAAUUAUUAGCAAACAAUUUGUAAUGUACUUUAUUCUGAAGAAGUGCAUAUCCAGCGAUAAUUCACACACUUCAGGAGUGUAUUAAGGUUCCCAGCACGAGUACAGGCAUGGUGGCAAAAUGUAAUGUCCGAUAUUUACUAUUCAUUGUAAAUACUCUACCGAAAAGAUGGCUGUAGACAAACACACCAGCAUUGCUAAUAAACACAUUUAUUGAUAAUGCUGGAAUCUUGAGUAUUCUCCAGGGUCCGUUUUAUCCCUGAUACUUGUGAAAAAAAAGAGCUAACUUACCUGUAUUCCAGCGGUGAGAUGGUCCCUCUUGGCAGUUCCAUCCACUCGCCAGGGAGCUCACCAGUAUUAUUAAUUCCCAGCCAAUAGGAUGCUUUCCAUAUCAUUGGGAUGCAGGGUGAAUGCGCAGAGCUCCUCUGAGCCUGCAGUGCUUCUCAUAGAGAGAGAGAAAAAACUGUGCUUCUCUAUGAGAUGUAUAGUCUUCUGCUUUGUGCUGGGGAACUAAUUGGUCAGGAAGAGCAUCCAUCUGGCUGUCUGGUUACAAAAGUGCCAAAGACCUUUAGGAAUUGGAAUGUUUCUUUAACACUGACCAGGGGCGGACUGACCAUUCAAGCACUCGGGCAAUGCCAGGGAGGCAGACGGCGAGGUCCCUGUGAUGCGGCCAGUUUUGGGAGCCGUCGUGUGGGCCAGCCACUGGGCUAAUUCUUUUAAUGAUGGUAACCAUGCAUGGUUCUUUAAACCUGGGUAGUGCUCGGCAGCUUCCAGCAGUCAGUGCAGCCCCUGUGCUUGGAGGAAUCGAUUACACUUCACUACCUCCAUGUGCAUGGUCAGAGGGGCGCACGUGGGGGGAGAGAUAGAGCCGCACUAGUGAGAGGAGUAAGGGCUACCAGAGGCUCUACCUGGUAGCCCUUACUCCAGGGACCAGGGACCAGGGACCGUACAUUGACUCACUGGACCACCAGGGAAUAUGAAAAAGCACAAAGGGGGCAAAAACUUUAAUUGUUAUUUAAUUUAUUGUAAGUUGUAGGAGGCUAAAACAGACACCGCCUCCCAAACCUGCACGCUCAGCUACCCAUACACAGUUUCCUCAGUGCUACCCAUACACAGCCAAACACAUCACACAACGCACAUUCUGUCACCCCACAUUCAUUCAGCUUCACAAAGAAACACUCCAAGCACCCCAAGGGUGCAGGACAGCCCUGGCCUCCUUCCAAAGUAAGUUAUUUAAGAAGUGCUUGACAACUUAGUUGGGUCCCGGUAAACAUAUACACCAUAAAGCCCCAAUACACAAACACUACAGCUCAAACCAACAUACACACUGUAAAGGCCCUAAACACACACAAUCUCUACAGUCCUUAGACAUUCAUUCACAUACACAUUCUACAGCCCACACACAGGAAAACAAACAGACCCCUUUACACACACACACACACACACACACACAUUAUAUUAGAAACAGUCUCCAGUAUACACACAAUCCCACAAGCAGCCUUUAAGCACAUAUAUCACCUUAAAGGGGCACUCUGGUCACCAUAACAACUUCAUUUAAACUGAUUUGCAAAACCCCCCCCAGGCUGUAUCUCGCUUCUGGAUCUCAGUUUCAGAAAGCGCAGAAUGCCGCUGGGCAUUGGCGCUGUUGAUUGGCUUAGAGCGUCAGCUGACACUCUAAGUCUAUCAGUAGCUUAUCAGUAGCUACCCAUUGAUAAAAAAUAAAUAUUUUACCAAUGAGUGAGCAAUAUGAAUUGGGCAAGGCAAAAUGCAUCUUUGCCAUUGCAACCAAAAGUCUUUGCCUGUGAGAUAUCAGUCCGUCCCUGAGGCUGACUGAGCAUUUUGGGAAUAGUAGUUCACAAACAUCUGCAGUGCCAAGGAUAGCCACACAGUAUAACAAGUAGAAAGUAUUGCUGCCAACCAGUGCUGAAAAGUGCUGUAUGAGAUUCUAAAAGAAUAACUCCUUUCCAGGAUGGUAUAGAGGUCAGAACCUUCACAAAUCCCUCACAGGGCGAUUAACUUAACCCUGAUAGCCAUCACAAGGGUAUUUAA